AUGGAGUCUACAUACCGCAAUAUCAACCACGAAGGCCGAGGCCAAGAUCGAUUGAGCUCACUUCCAGACGAUAUCCUCACCGAAAUCAUAUCUCGCCUUUCAAUCACAUCCGCCAUUUCAACCUCCGUCUUAUCCCACCGUUGGCGCCACCUCUGGACUGGCGUCACUCGCAUUCAAUUCCGCACGACUCCUUCUACACACAGACUCAGUAACAUCCUACGACAUCUGACUUCCCCGAAACUCGACGUAUUCAAACUUGAGGUCCUACACCAUAAGCAUGAUUACAGUAAGGAAUUACAAUCAUGUAUUCGUGAUAAUUGCCGUCGAAACGUGCAACAGGUCAUUAGCGAUGUAUUAUUUCCGAUACCUGAUUGUUUGCUUAAUUGUCGAUCUAUUGUGGUUUUAGAUUUGUGUGGUCCGUUUAAAAGGGAGGAUGUAUAUGAAGCUGUCGAUAUUCAACUUCCGAACUUGAAGAAGCUUUCGCUACGAUUUCUCAAUUAUCUGCCACCUUGGUUACAUUCGUUACAUAAAUCUUCUCCAUUAUUAGAGGAUUUAACUCUAAGGGCUACUAAACAGCCUCUAAAUGCAAUGCCAUCGAUGAAUAUAUUUUUCCCCAAUUUAAAGUCACUGGUAUUGGGAUUGUUCCCUUACCAUGUAAAUUCGACGCCGGGUGUCUAUCCGGAUUUCUCUAUCGAUGCACCCCAAUUAACUAACCUUGUAACAUAUGGUUGCGUUUUACCUUAUAGAUUUUGUACUAAUCCAACAAAAUUAGUCAAAGCGAGAAUCGACUUAUUGAUGAGGAAGUAUACGGGAUUUGAAGGCAAUAGUGAUGAGUUGGAGCUUCACCGGUUCUCCGAAUUUUUCAAAGGAAUGUCUAGUAUUAGGAAACUUGAGCUAGUGGUGAAGAAGUGGCAAAUGAAUAUAUUCACUUAG